ACUAAAUCUGUGCAAGUUUGGAACACACUGUACAUCACUCAGGAUUGCAAUGUUACUAGGCUGACCAGAAGAGAUGCUGACACGAACAUCAAAGCCCUGCUGUACCGUGUAUUCAAACACAGAGGAUAACGAAUGUAUCGGAUACCCAUUAAUUAAUAUGUGUAUAUCCAAUACAGAUUCAUUACCGACUUUUAUUUACUUUCAAAACGAUGGACGAUUCCUACAGAGAAGGAGAGUGAGGAAAGCAGUUUUGUUUAUAUACAGAAAAAAACCUUUGUCCUACAGAUAG